ACCACCUUCUAGCGGCUCGUCUCCCGACCGCUGAAACCUACUGUAAACUCGCGGGGGUCUUGACUUCCCCAUGUGCACCUCGCAGCUAGUGAUACUGCAGGUGUUCUUCCUGAUGGUUCCCGAGAGCGUCUGGCUUCAGCCUUCCUCCCCGGCAGGGGCUACGCCCACCCCUUCGGACGUGGGGCCAGGGUCGCCUGGAGGGACCCUUCAGUCCUCCUCGGAGGGGUCUGAAACUCCCUGGCCUGUGCCUGGGAUCUCUACGGUGGGUCCUGCGGUCGUGACCCCCUCUGCACCUGAGAAUGGGACCGUAGACCUCUUCCCAGUCUUACCGGUCUGUGUCUGUGACUUGACUCCUGGCACCUGUGACAUAAACUGCUGCUGCGACAGGGACUGCUAUCUUCUCCAUCCGAGGACAGUUUUCUCCUUCUGCCUUCCGGGCAGCGUGAGGUCUUCGAGUUGGAUGUGUGUGGACAACUCUCUUAUCUUCAGGAGUAAUUCCCCAUAUCCUUCAAGAGUUUUCACGGAUGCAGGUGGCAUAAGACAGUUUUGUGUCCAUGUGAACAACUCAAAAUUAAACUAUUUCCAGAAGCUCCAAAAGGUCAAUGCAACCAACUUCCAGGCCUUGGCUACAGAGUUUGGAGGCGAAUCAUUCACUUCAACAUUCCAAACCCAGUCGCCACCACCUUUUUACAAGGCUGGAGACCCCAUUUUGACAUAUUUCCCCAAGUGGUCUAUAAUCAGCUUGCUAAGGCAGCCCGCCGGAGUUGGUGCUGGGGGGCUCUGUGCCGAGAGCAAUCCUGCAGGUUUCCUGGAGAGUAAAAGUACAACCUGUGCUCGUUUCUUCAAGAACCUGACAAAUAGCUGCACCUUGGACCCAACCCUCAAUGCUGCCUCUUACUAUAACUUCACAGUCUUAAAGGUUCCAAGAGGUAUGACUGAUCUGCAGAAUAUGAAGUUCCAGGUUCCCGUAACCCUUGUCUCACAGGCUGGUUCUCCUCUCUUGUCUGGAAACACUUGUCAGAAUGUGGUUUCCCAGGUCAUCUAUGAGAUAGAGACCAAUGGGACUUUUGGAAUCCAGAAAGUCUCUGUCACUUUUGGACAAACCAACCUGACUGUGGAGCCAGACACUUCCUUACAGCAGCACUUCGUCAUUCACUUCAGGGCUUUUCAACAGAGCACAGCUGUACCUCUUACUGGUCCUAGAAGUGGGAAUCCUGGCUAUAUUGUUGGGAAGCCACUUUUGGCCCUAACUGGUGAUAAAAGUCACCCUAUGACCCUUCUGCAGAGCCAGGGUGAUGGAAUUUGCUCUGUUAAGAAACAUGAAGUACAAUUUGGAGUUAAUGCAAUAUCUGGAUGCAGGCUCAGGCCAAAAAACGUGGACUGCAGCCACUUACAGCAGGAAAUUUAUCAAACUCUUCAUGGAAACACUAACCCAGAACAUGUCGCCAUCUUUGGUAACGCUGACCCAGCCCAGAAGAGAGAGUGGACGAGGAUUCUCAGCAGGAACUGCAGUGUUUCAGCUAUGCAUUGUACUCCCUGCUGUGUCAUACCAGUUUCCUUGGAGAUCCAGGUAUUGUGGGCAUAUAUAGGCCUCCAGUCCAACCCACAAGCUCAUGUGUCAGGAGCCCGAUUCCUAUACCAGUGCCAGUCCAUAAAGGAUUCCCAACAGGUAACAGAAGUACCUUUGACAACUGUUGUGACCUUUGUGGACAUUACCCAGAAGCCAGAGCCUCCAAGAGGCCAACCCAGAAUAGACUGGAAACUACCAUUUGACUUCUUUUUUCCCUUGAAAAUAGCAUUCAGCAAAGGAGUAGACUCUCAAAAAGGUUCAGCCUCUCUCAUCCUUGUCCUGUGUCUCUUAGUACUUGGAGUUCUCAAGCUAGAAGCCAAGUGAAUCAAGAAGAAUCCGAUUUAAAUUUUCCCUAUGGAAAGUUCUGAGCCUACUCUCUUGGCAGAAUAGGCCGUAACUUACCCACUCGUGACCAGAGGAGAGCAUUUAGGAUAACAGAGGACCUAACUGAAGGAAUGUUUGUAUAUGAAAGAAGGGAUUUUUGAAAAGCAAUAAAAAUAUCUUUGUCUUGGCUCUCUGCUUAGGACUGUGCAGACCACCAAGUUACACAUUAGGUUCUCUAUUUCUCAAGCUGGGAAGAAUGCAAAGAGCCCUUCCUCUAGGCCUUCAGGUUGUGUUAUACAUGACUGAAGUUUUGCAAGAUCUUCAUCCACCUGCUCUCAGGCACACAUAGGCCCAACAUAAAAAGGAACAUGUUCCUGCUGUCCCCUGGAUGAACUUGGGAAUAGAUGCCCUCUGGACUUGAGAGGAGCUGACUGUUCAGAACAGAAAACUGCUGUCUAUAGAUUUCAUCUGGCCCCUCCCUACUCCUUUGGGCUACACACUUUGCCCAAGCAUGAGUAGGGAGAGAGAUUCUUUCUAGUCAGUUUUCAAAAUGAAUGUGGACUCCUAGCACCCCCCCCCCUUUUUUUUACUAGCAAAUGACCUUACCACUCAUUUCUGCAUUUUUCCUUUCUUCCAUUGUGGUGAGGGGAAAUAAAACUGAUUGAGAGCUUUGUUGUACUAAUUCCAGCAGCACACAGAAGCUGACAUGUGAUCACCUCGUGAUUAUUUAUCUAUGUGGGUGAGUUUUAAAAACGGGUAAAAAGCCUUUCAUAGAUAGCAGAAUAGCAUUCAAAUCAAAGAACGUGGGUUCUUUUCCUGGGGUUGGAGCUAAACAUAGCAGAAUGGGUGGGAGGGUAGAGGUGAUGCCAGGAGCCAGAGGGUGGGGAGCCUAACAUGACUGUAGUAGAAACAUUGAAUGGGCAAAAUAGGCACUGUGAUGAGAUAAGAAAGAUGGGAACUCAUUACGGGGACUUGAAAGCCAGGCAGAGAGAGCUGAGGGAUAGUUUAUAUUUUUUCCACAACAUAUUAAUGAUCUGAAUCUAAAACUGCCUUUUAACAAAGCAUAUACAUAGAUAUAAUAAAUCCCACUUCAUGAGCAGAAAAUGCUAAUUGUAAACACCAUCUCUGAUGGAUUAAUCAUUUUGCCCCAUUCCAGAGUAACCUGAAACUAACCUACCUCCCUGGAGGAAAGUGGCAAGGUUCCUGUAGCAGUUACUACCAACGUAGGAGGGAGUACAUCUGUACAAGGGAGAUUCUGCACAGCUGCAAGCUGGAAAGCAGAUGACAUCGUUCCUACUAGACUCCCAUACACAGAUGUUGCUUAAUUCAGCAACCCUGCCUCCAAAGAAACCUGUACCAAAAUAGCACAAAGCUACUAUAAAGUAUUUAGCAUCUCCAGCUUGGGCUUCUUAAAGGGAAAUAAACUUAAGUGACAGUUCAUCCUAAAUUAUGGGGUAGGCGACAUCUAAUCUACUUCCAACAGCCUGUGAGUCCUCAGAAUCUGGUCCCUAUACUCCUUUAUUCACUUGUUUAUUCUCAUGCCCCUGUGCUAUGAAACCACUAUAGCCCUACCAAAAAAAAAAAAAAAAAAAAAA